AUGCUAGAUUCUAACUUCCCGUCGAAUUGGGAUCCACGCUACACGCUCUUCCAAGGCCUGAUGGCAGAUCCCGAUCGCCGGGAGAAUUGGUCUGUCCGCAAAAAUGGUCCCCGCGAGCCCGCCGUCGAAAUCGAAGAAGAUAGCAACGACAACUACGCUAACCCCGAGGAUGGCGAGGGCGGUAUCUUGCUCAAUGGUACGCUGCCUGUCGAGAACGACCAAGGUGUGCAUUCGUUGACGGAUGUGCCUGUCUAUGCCAUGGGCCCAUGCCAGGAGCUCUUCCAGGGGACAUACAACAGCAUUGAUAUCUUCUACAACAUGGCGACUUGCUUUGGCCUAGGAAGAGGCAAGCCAAGUGCUGAAGAGUAG